AUGAAGACUUUUACUCUGGUUAGCCUGUUGGCUGCUCCUCUCACAGCUGUGGCAGCACCUGCCUGGACCAUGUACGCUUACAACGAGAGCGUGCCUGAGAUUCAUGGCAAGCCUAUCAAUGCCGACAGCGGCUUCUUCUGGAUCAACAAAGAUGCCGCAGCCGUCUGCCCUGACUACGACCCCGAGUGCCCAGCCUCAAACAGCACAAUCGUAUCAGGACCUGUCUAUGGCAGUGGAUCUGCUUCAAGCAACACAUACUGGUUCAUGGGUAUUCUGCAGCAAGGCGGUCAACAGAUAUCCCCUGCGGGUCUCGACGACUCUUGGGGUGGCUUGUCACUCAAAUACGCCGCUGUGGGUGCUGCAGACAGACGCAUCGGUGUCUGGGACGUUUCUCGCAACACUGGAACAAGUAUGAUUCUCGACAACAGUACUGUCAGCUCUCUCGGCGCCCCUACCAUCCGGACCAAAUACUAUGGUCGCCAGUACACUUGGAUGGCUUGCCCCGACCCCCUUCCUUUCCCAGCCCCCGAUUCAUACACUCAAGUCGAUCUGAGCAAGCCACUCAAGAUCUACGACAUCACUGUUGGGGAUGUAGACGCCUAUCCAUACUGCGUCCGUCUUGAGGUCACGCUCAAGCCCACCACUCUGGCUGCACCUCAAUACUAUUUCUGCGAGGGCUGUCAAUACAGAUGCGACGCUCUCUACGGUGCCAGUGAGUGCGCUGCUGAGGGGGCCGCUUGUCUUGAACCCUACUGUGGUGCCUACACUCAAGAUACCAAGUGA